CCCACGCCAGCCUUGGCGGCAGCAUGCUGCUCGUAGCCGAGCCCAGUGGUGCCUAGCGAAGCCUCAGCCUCGCCUAAGGCUAACCCUACCAUGCCUAUAUUUUCCAGGAAUCAGGAUUACACUGAAGGAUACUGCGAGUGUCCCACUACUACGACUCCGGGAACAACAACGUCAGUGACGACCACCUGCAGGCAGACGCCAAGAUUAUGUACAAUCGUGGCUGCUGCGUUGGUGGGCGUGGUGGUGACGGCGGCCUUCAUGUUCACCAUGUGUAGUUCCUCUAAGCCAGCAACACAGGAAUCCCAGACGACUUUGAACAGCACUACCACCAGUGUCCCUAGCACUGCUGCUCAUAAUAAAGACGUGCCUAGGGAAACUUAUUUUAAAAUUUCAACGAUGUUCAAUUUGUUAUAUAACAACUGUCAUCACAUUGACUGGCUAGAUCAUAGUUCACUUGUGAAGGAAUCUGGGAAGCUUGCUUACUUCUCCAUCAGGAGAUGCAAGGAGGAACUAAACCCUUGCCCAUACGACUCACAUCAUUCAGAAGAAAUGAUGCUUGUUGUAAAACCGCGGCAGAAUAAAACAGUGAAUAUGAAAAUUGAAAAUGAAAAGGAUAAUUCAACAAUAAUCCUGGCAGUGACUUUCGAGGAGGAUAAAAAGUGCGGGUGUCGGAAUAAUACAUUUUGGAAUAAAACGGCCGGGGACGAGAAGCCCUCAAAUACGACUGUUCCCUGUGUGUACAGGGUGGUGGAUACCACUAACAAUCGGGACCUCAACUGCAACACCUGCUCUGGGCAGUAGGCUUUGACAGUACACAAUCUGGAUAAUGUGAGUUGACAUUCCACUCUGGAUAAAAGGCUUUGGCAGUACAUUCUCUGGAUAAUAGGCUUUGACAGUACACAAUCUGGAUAAUGUGAGUUGACAUUCCACUCUGGAUAAAAGGCUUUGGCAGUACAUUCUCUGGAUAAUAGGCUUUGACAGUACACACUCUGGAUAAUGUGAGUUGACAUUCCACUCUGGAUAAAAGGCUUUGGCAGUACAUUCUCUGGAUAAUAGGCUUUGACAGUCCACACCCUGGAUAACAACAUUGAAGCUUCAUACACCGGAUAAUAGGAACUGACAAUCCACAAAACACAGAUAUAAAACGAGACAGCGAGUCGUGAAGACCAUUUAUAGGCAAAUGUUUUACUUGUAUAAUUCCCUUGCAACUAUCAGCCCGUGACCAUGUGUUUUAUUUACAUCAUGUAGCAAUGUAUUUUUGUUUACAUUACGUGGCCAUGCAGUUUUUUUUUACAUCACAUAGCCAUAAAGUUUUGUCAACACGUG